AACUCGACACUCAAGCCCGCAUUGGCUUCACAGGCGGACUGCGUGCGCAUCACACGCAAACGAGACGAUUCCCAAACAUACAGUUUCGUUAUAUGUAAACAUUCAUUCACAAACCUGUCAUAAGGCCUUUUGUUUGGACAACAUCUCACGGAACUCAAUGUGGCCUUAGUAUGCAAUCGAAAUAAUAUUAUGUGCAGUGCGAUGGAUAUAUUAACAGUGACAAGUGUUAGCUAACGGUGAAAAAAACAUCUGGUGUUAUUGAGCUUCUGAGAGAAACGCCGAAUGUAUAAAUAGAAACCGAAUUUUAAUUCACGAAUUUAGGUAAUGCUUUCGACACAGAUGCGACUGUUGUGAUGUUUGAUAAUUUCGGAACGUGUAAUCUUCGUGUUUGGAUAUAAAUAAUAUAAAUCUGUAUGCACAUGAGUUAUAUUUCAAAAUGAUGUGGCCUUCCUCUCAAGCGAGUAAAAUCUUGACACUUCUUCUGUUUGUUGUAGUCGUAUACUGUAUAUAUAUGGACACAUUGCUUUUUCUAAGAAUAAAUAACUUUACAUUAGAUAUAUUCGAACAAGCAGUGAAUACCACGCAAGAUAGUUCGACGCACAAUACAAUAGUUCAGCGUAAUUACGAAGAUGUAACGUUGAUACCUUGUAAUAUAAACCCACUAUGUCAUCCUACUGUGAAAGCCUUGAUGGUCGAUCAUAUAAAUCAUUACAUAUAUGGCCCACUUUGUUCUCUACUAGACAUGGCUUUGGGCAUAUCAGAGAAAAUGCUGUUUCUGACACCGAAUAUGAUCUCGUUCUCCCAUGUUUUCAUCGCUGUGGUCGGUGCAAAAUUGUUGACUUGUCAGAAUUUGGCAGCACGACGAAUUGGGAUAGUAUUGUUUCAAAUUAGAAUGUUUUUGGAUGAUCUGGAUGGUCAUGUAGCCAGAGAGAGGAAACAUAUAAAGGGCGAACGCUCGGAGGUGGGCACUAUGGGUUACUGGGUUGAUGGCAUUUGUGAUUUACUCGGAGUCAUCGCAAUGAUGAUAGGAAUAGUGUUCUACUUGAAAAAUAACCCACCGAGAAGAGGCUAUAAAGGCACACCAGUUAGCACGCUGCCGUAUCACCAGUUAAAAGAAAUAAACUCAGCUGAAGACAUCGAGAAAGAUCACACGGCUGAAAUAGGUAUAUCGUAUAAAACCAAAGUGUCCUUUCAAAGGAUUGUACAAGUGAUAGGACUGUUUUCCGGACAAAUGGUGCUAUCUUCAUUAGCUUGGAACAGGUAUAUAGAUAUGUAUCAAAAUAUGCUAGAGAACUGCGUGGAAUAUGAUGUGUUUAGACGAGAGACUGCAUUUAAAUCUAGUAAGUUCUUCUUCGCGACCGGUUUUUGGCGAAUAGUGAAUCCACAUAGCUAUUUACAUUUAUUGUCACUUGCCAUUUUCUGUGAUAAGACUUGGCCGUUCCUGAAGGCAGUACAUUAUUCGGGCUACAUCUCUUUAGUAAUAACGGCCGGAGUGUCUGAAUAUUUAGUAGAAAAUAUUCGUUCGUACGUUAUGGCCGGUGGAGGUGUUUGAAAACUUGUGAAAAUUGAGGUGGGAAUUGAUUUAAUACGUCCAAGAAGUGUUUCUAUUGUAGGAAUGUUGGUUUAUUUAGACGAUGCGAAUUGUUUAUCGAUGUUAAGAGUUUAAUAAAUUAUUCGGCGAAAUCGACUGUACCUGGUAUAAUUUGUAUGUAAGUUAUCGAUAUUUUUGACUGUACGGUAUUUCGAUAGUUAUUCAAAUGUGUGACGUAAAACUGUUUAUCAUGCAAGUGGCCAUAUGUAGGUAGUUAGAUAUAAUUAUAGGGCAAUCAAUUAUUAUCUCUUUGUUAAUACAGUUGUUUUAACUGAUCUGCUAAUUGACCAAUUAUUAAGAGAUUUGAUUGCAACUUGAAUAGGUAAAAUCAAACGCAGUAAGAGUGGACUUCGAACUUUAAUCAGUCUUGCAAUUUUCAUGUAAUCUAAUGUAAUGUACUUUUUGCAAUGCAAGAAUAAUAAUUAUUGAAAUUGAUGAAGAUAACACUUUAAACGAAACCGAAUUAGAAAAUGAGGUUUUGAUAUUUCAACGAAAUAAAUAAUUUUAGUUUUGUAAAAUGUUGGAGAAAGUACAUUUUUAUUUCUUUUAUAUAAUAAUAAGCUUCUGUUUUAUAAAGUGGGCACAAAAAUCACUCCAAAUUAAAACUGUCUAUUGAAACAUAAGUUAAAAACAUCGUAACUAAUAUCUACCCAAGUUACAAAAAGAGAGGAUAAUAUAGUUGUAUUAAAUUUUUAUUUCGUUUUGAUAAUCACAGUUUGACUAAUCCUCUGCCAUGCCUAAUAAAUGCUUUGUAUACGUAAAGGCAUUUAUUUUCUCAAAUUUUGAAAAACGAAUAAAUACUUUUUGAUAUCAAGAAUAGCACUACCACCGUUUUGGAAGAAAAUGGUGCUGAGAGAGGAGAAACUGAAAUAACUAAUUAUACGACCCCACGUCCCGGUUAAUAUUUUGUUAAACAAUCUUGCCAAUCCGUACAAGCUUUGCUCGGUCUUAGAAUUUUUUAGACAAUUUCCGCAUCUAGAUUUGUUAAUUAAAUUUUUGAAAGUUUAUAAAAACAAACAAAUAAUUAUCCAAUUUGGUGCAGUUCGGAAUUUAUGCAUACAUUAAAUGAAUUUAUUUUUGCUUUUAAAUAUUUCUAUAAAUUGGUACCUACAACAUAUAAAUGUGUUUAUGAAUUUGUCAAAUCUAAUGAAAAUUAAAAUAUUAAAUAUAUACUUAAAAAUGAGACAACUUUACCAUAAACAUUAAUUAUUCGAACACGACAAAUUAAUAAAUUUUACUGUUUAUAUUUUACUCAAGAUCUCCACUGACGAAAAUACAUUGCUAGCAUUUUAAUUAUUGAAUAAAUUUUUAAUAAUAAAAUUUAUCAUUAUCCAAGAAUCUACCACAGAGAUUGUCUGGUUAAAGCUCUAAGAUCGUACCCGCGGCUCUCGGGUUCCGUCCGAGUGCUUUUACCAACUGAGCCAACCGUCCGUUAAAGGAGGAUGGCGAGAAUGCAUGUAUUUUGGGACCCACUGAAAGAAGUGGCGUACGUCAUGGAAACUUAUUAACAACUGCUGACCCGGCAAACGUUGUUUUGCCAUAUAAAGUAUAAUUCACGCGAUAGUUUUAUAAGUAAUAAAAUAUUGCCUAUAUUAUAGCCUGUACAUCAUUUCGUUCUAUUGUCAAUAGUUUAUGCAGCGCACGCAAAAAUAGGUUUUCGAUUUUACACCUUGUGUUACAAAAUAGCAAUUUUAUUGCGGAUCCCUAAUUUUGAAAAAAAAAACAUAGCCUAUAGCCUUCCUCGAUAAAUGGACUACCCAACACUGAAAGAAUCAUUCAAAUCGGACCAGUAGUACCAGAGAUUAGCGCGUUCAAACAAACAAAUACUGCAGCUUUAUAAUAUUAGUAUAGAUUGUAGAACGUAUCAAAACUAAGAAAAAAGCAAAUCGUAAGUAAGUCUAAAACAGUGUUACCUAAAAGUAAAAUAUAACCUAAAAUCAUUAUUUAAUAUCUAUUGGUCAAUCAAUAAUUUGUAUCUGAUGUCUAUGCCUAGUUACUGUCUGCUAAAAGAUAAUAUUAUAAUAUAUUAUAUUUGGAAGGUUGGCCAGCAGCUAAUAAUUGAGGAUUCACAAUUCAUUCUUUUAUCAAGCAGGUUUCUAAUCUUUUAAAGAUACUUACCUACUGAUUUAAGUAUCAAAAAACUGAAUUUUACUGAAUCUUAUUUUGAAUUACUACUGAAUUACCGAUUUGAGUAGGUAUAGAAAGUAUGAUGGUGUCGGAACAUCCAUAUAAAUAAAUAAUAACAACAUGUCAAAAAAUGUAGAUGUCAAAAAUUGCGCAAAACGUUCCUUUUAGUGCGAGAUCUCUUUUUUUUUAAAAAUUAUAAUAAUUUAUUUCUUUUGACUCCCAUAUCUUAGCGCCUCAAUAUUUUUGUAUAAACUUAAGUUUAUAAUUAAUACAAACUUAUGCUUGUACGAUGCUUCAUUAAUUUUUUAAUUAUGUGAGUCCAUUAUCGCCAUCCUCCUUUGUAUAUUCAAUACCAGAUGUGAGGUAUAUCACUUAAAAAUAACAAUCUGUUUAUAUUUGUAGGAAACGAAACCAUAAUAAAACCAACAACAAAACCCAUAAAUUAUUAGUUGAAUCAAAAUGGUGUAUUAGUAAUGUCUCAUCAACUCAAAAUAUAAUUUUGAGCAGUAAUUUUUCAAUCUGCUCAUACCAACACAAAUUUCAAUAAAAAACAUUUAGAGGAAACCAGACACCAAUAUCUAUAAUUAUGAGAUGCCUCAAAAAUUUUCGUAUUAGUAAUGUUCAAAUUGUAUUAUAAAAAUUGUUUUAUAGCGCUUGGUCUUUUUGCAGUCAAAUGGUGCUUGAUAUCAUCGCCAGUGAAGUAGGAGAGCGUAUUUAGGUCAAUGUUAUGUUCACUCGUGCCUACCGAACGGCGUAUAAAGCUGCUUAUAAAACUAUUUUUAUGUGCGACAUCAACUGAAGUUCGAAGUUAGCUCAUGGUAUACGCCUACACGCUUUCGCAACCGAUCUUAGCUAACUCAUAACUCGAAAAGUUGUUUAAUCGUCUCGCUAAGCAUCAAUUGCGCUUUGUACUCGGACGUAAAGGGGUACCACGGAAGAAUAUAACACUAUCUAUGUUUUAAAUAGUUGUAGAAUAUGUUUAUUAAAUUUUCGAAAAAUGUUUUCGAAAACGAUAAAGCCCUUGAACACGAGAAGACAAAAAAACACAGUAAGACACGACAUAGAAUUUUACAUAAUAUAAAGAGAUUUAAGUAUUUUAAGGAAUUUAAUAUCAUCUCUAAGAAACCUGUGAGAAAAAAUUCAUAAUAUCAAUAGAACAUACGAAGUGUUUACAUUAUUCAAGAAUUUCUAAUUUCAAUGCUUUUCGCUGGAAAGUCAAUCCACAACAUAGUGUCGACAAUAAUAGUCGUUAACCGCUUUAUUGACAAACAUUUAGAGCGAUUCUGACAAGUAUACAAUUAGAAUUAUGACGUGAUUGAUCCUCAUGUAAUACGUAAAAAUGUGGACCAAAUAUAGCUACCAGUGUAACUCCUCCGUAACUACUCCCAGGAAAACAAAUGUUUAUCUUCUUAUUGAAGUUAAUUUAAACUUGUAGACGGUACGGACUUGAACGGGAUAGAAUUUAGAUAAAAAUAAUAAUAUAUGCCCAAUGUCUUGUCCUGAUGGACUGAUUAACAUUCAUCAAUUUAAAUCUCUGGGGCUAUUAACUUAAAUAUUUGGAAAGAAGUUCCUUAUUUUAUGACCUCAGAGAGCACUAGGUAGGGAUUUAUGUGAAUUCACUCUUAGGUGAAUUAUGUAUGGAAGUCGGUCAAUUUCGAAGUUAGAUGAAUAGUGACUAGCCCGGUCAAAAUAUUAAAUAGCUAAACAAUAAACACGUAAGAAAUGUUUUUUAUUACAACUUUUGUGCCCGAAUAUUUAUAACAAAUGAAUGUCACUCUUUCAGGCACUUUCAUAUUGUGUCAUAUUUCAGUUUCAACAUCCAAGCUUAUCUUUAUAUUAUCAUGCAGUCUUCUCUUUCCGCCGUCCAUGAAUCUAAUCCCAUUAUUUUUUUUAUUUGGCCACUAGCUGUAAGUCGUAACCUUUGGACACGUUGAUAAUGUGAUAUUGUGAAUUAGGGCUCCGUUAUGCCAAUACAAUAGAGAUAAAGAGUAUAUUUUAAUAAAAUCGCUAGUGAAACGACUGAUUUUUGUAAGCACUAGCAAUCUGCGGCAAUCUUUCCUUCCCCACUGAACGAAGGGCUAUUGAAAAGCCACAGAUAAUGCCCGAUACUGUAAACGGGUUAUUUUAUAUUUAUAAGAUUGAUUUAAGUGUUGUUUUAAUUAUGUUUGAUAUAUAUAUUAAUAUGUUUUAGAUCUCGCUUAGUGUUGUUAAAUGGAUUUGUAUUUUAUUAGUGUUUUACGAUAUCCGGAAAGAUAAGUUCUGUAAAAAUACAAGUUACGUCAUUUUGUACUAACAUGCAAUUUGUAAUAUGCGAAGUAAGUUUAAUAUGAUUAAUAUUUAUAGAUUUGUUGUUUAAGUUAUAAUAUAAUAAUAGUGUUAAAUAAUCGGAGAAUAUAAUAUAUUAGUGGAUAAAUUUGCAAUUUUAUGAUAAAAUAAAAAGAAUGAAUUUAUUUAAGGAAAUUAUAUUAUUAACACAAGUUCGCCUUAGAUUACUUCAUGGAAAAGUGCGGCUUAUUUGAUUUAUGAUAAUUUCAAACGAAUAUUGUCAUAUUACUAAUGACUUAUCGGAGGUUUGAAGACGUAAAUAUACGCUUGUUAAAAGUGGUUAUUCAUAAUCGUAUUCACCCUUCUAUAAACCUAUUUUAAGCCCUCGAUAGCAAAGAAAUGGCCGAAAUUGGUCAGCUUUAUUGUAUUUGUUUUAAUUCCUUAACUCAAGCUGUACUGGAAAAUUAUUUUGGAAUAAAAUUGACGUCAUUGUAUAGGGAAUUUAAAUUUCCAGGCAGCAUUAUUUGAUAAAACAAAUUCUAAUAAUUUUUAAACAAACAAAAACUACAAUACAUGCACUGCGCUUGAUUGCUCAGUGCCGCGCACUCAUUUAUAUGAAAUUGCAUUUUUGUACGAGUAAUGUCAUACGAAUCCUCAUAAGCAGUUGCCUGCAAAGCCUAUUCAGCACAUGUUGGUAAUUAGUCCGCCUAGCUGUGCCCAUGGUUUAUAUGAGCAAUUGUGCCUCAUUUGUCUUUAUUUGUUAUUUAAAACUGACGGUGUUAUUACAAAAAAGUUACACUUGUUCACGGACGAGUAAAAAAAGAAGGACUCCGUGUCACCUUACAUAUCAGUGAGGCACCAAAUCAAGCCGGUAAACGUGUAAAUACAUAGCCCCACGCAUUCACUUACACUAAUACAAGCCGAUCGGCUGCCAUUAUGAGAUUUGCCAUCGUCUGUGACAGAUCAGUUUGCGUCGCAAUAAAAUAUUUUAAAAAUACCGUCGUGCGUUGUGAAAAAGUGUAAAAACAAUUCUAUACACUUACACUAAUACAAGCUGAUCGGCCGCCAUUAUGAGAUUUGCCAUCGUCUGUGACAGAUCAGUUUGCGUCGCAAUAAAAUAUUUUAAAAAUGCCGUCGUGCGUUGUGAAAAAGUGUAAAAAUAAUUCUAUAAAAGUAUUUGUGGACAUAUCAUUAUUUAAGGGAGAAAAAAUUGUGUAACUGGUAUACCCCGUAACCGCUACACACACUAGCAUAAAGGUGCUUCACUUGCUAAUGUCACGGCGCGGAGUUCUUCUUUUUUUACUAGUCCGUGCACUUGUUUUAAAAAAGUUCUUUUACAAAUCUGUCCCUUUUUGUUGUUUAGCGUUCAACAAUCGCUAGACAUUGCUUAGGUAUAUUUAAACGCGAGUCGAAGCUUGCCUAAGGUGUGUCUAACGGAUAUAUCAUAUUCAUAAGGAAGAUUUAGAUUUAUGGUGACAAAUAUAUGACAGCUGUCAAAAAUUGCUUUCCGUUCCUUUAAUUGUAUUUGUACAGGUCUGCUGUUUAUGUUGUGCUUAACGACAUUUUAGUUAAACACAAGCUAAACACUGUUUUGUAAUAGAAAAAGGUAAAUGCCAUUUUAGACGUCGUUAUUGUUAGAUCACUGACGUUGUUAUAGUUAGGUCACUGUCUAACAAAAAGCUGUCUAAGCCAUGUUUAAAUUAAGUUUUUGUAAUGACACCGUGAAUAUUUUGAGACUAAAGUUAUUUAAUUAUUAACACAAUUUUAAGUUCCCAGGCUUAAGUAAAUUUUCAUGAUUGCAGGGUUUUUUUGGUACAAAUUUAUUAUUUAAGGUAGGUUUUUCUAAACACUGCUAAUCUAUACAGUGUUUCAAUGAAGUUGGGCUCAGGGAAGUUAAAUUUCUUGCCUUUCAACUUCAUCUUAGCACUUGGAUAAUUUAUACGCCUAAAUAGAGCCUUUUGUGCUGUUAGACCACCGAUGAAAACAGGCCAGGUUUAUUACUUUAGUGAGCGCGACAAGCCACAUCUUACACCCGCGAUUUGUAUGUCGUAUUUGUGUGAGUGUGCGUGCAUUGUUCAAAAUAGAGGUUAACAGUUGACCUCUAUUUUUUCGACUUGUUCACAGCUGCCACAGCCUAUCUAGACGUAUAAAUGAUCUAAUUAUUAGCACUACCGUCAGUGGGGAAGUGAAGUUAACGCUGUCUGUAUAAUGUCAUUUGUUGAUUGUUGAUGUGAUAGUAAUACGGAUAUAGUUAUGUAAGUUCUGUUGGUAAUUUUUUUUGAUAGUUUAUGUUACAAUGGAUAGAUGACAUCCAUUGUGUCGUUGCUUUUAUUGUAUUUUUUUUUCUUAAUAAUUAAGUCGUCAGUCAUACAGCCAAAAUAAUUAAAGUUCUUUCGGGAUUUA